CGAUUCGUGUAGUUUCCACUUUCCAGACAGCAAGAACACUUCCAAACAGACUUUAUUUUCUUCUUUGAUUUGUCUGAAAAAUAGUGAAUCUGCUAAAACUGUUUUAAAAAAUGGCGUCCCAUGAACAGAGUUACAGCGCUGGUGAAACCAAAGGCAAGGCCGAGGAGAAAACUGAGCAGAAGAUGGGAGCGAUGAAGGAUAAGGCCGAGGCAGCGAAGGAGAAAACUCACGAUGCGGCCCAAACAGCAAAAGAGAAGACAUCUCAAGCGGCUCAAUCGGCCCAAGGUCAGGCCCAUGAUACGGCCCAGAAAACAAAAGAGAAGACCUCAGAAGCGGCCCAAUCAGCCGAGGAGAAGGCCCACGAGUCGAAAGAGAGGACCGGGAGCUACAUGUCGGAGACCGGAGACGCGAUCAAGCACAAGGCAGAGGACGCGGCCCGGUUCACGAAGGAAACGGCCGAGGCCGGUAAGGAGAAAACCGGAGGGUUCCUGAGCCAAACCGGAGAGCACGUGAAGCAGAUGGCUCAGGGUGCGGCCGAUGCGGUCAAGCACACUUUCGGUAUGGGUGGUACGGAAGAAGCCGGCCAUGAACGUACUUCUACCACUACCACUACUACUGCUGCUACUGAGCCCCCCAAGAAGUGAACAGAGAAUUACUAAGUGUUGUGCUGUGUUCUUUUCUUUGUCUUUAUGUCCUUUUUGGUUUUUGUUGGCUUGUUGUUGUUGGGACUCUGUUUCUUUGAUUUGCAGUGGAAAAGACCCUUUUAGUA